AUGGCAAAAUCAGAAGAAAUUUUGGUUGAGAAAAAACGGGCCCAUUUGGGAUUUUCUUCUGAAACAAGAAAACAGCUUACAACACGCAAAAUCGAUGUCGCCGAGCUGGAGAAGUACUACGUGGCGUUGAACGAUUUCAAAGAACCAUCAGAAGUUUUUUUUUUCAUUGUGAACUUCGCUGCCAAAUUCGAGUUUUAGAGCGAGCUUAUAAAAGGUCCCAGUCAGUUCCGUCAACAUCCGAAUUACAACGUCGAGAAAUACUUUGCUGCGAGUGCAGGUUGGGGUGUUCCGGCGAUACCGUGGGAGAUCGUUCGCCCCGCGUUUGUGUGGAAACUGAAAGUAAGAGAUUGGAAGCAUGUCGCGAUUUAUCAACUUUCUUCAUUAGUUCGUCAUCGACGAAUUCGUCUCCAAACAAGUUGGUUCUGAAAAGAAAACCGAGGAGAAGGAGAAAGUUGAAACCAAAAAGCCGGACAGUGUUAAAGGAAAGUCCCUAGGUUUGUAUCUUUUGUGAAAUCUUUCAAUGAUGGUUUUACAGCGAAGAUCACUUUUGUGAAACCCGUGCCUUACAACAUAAAAGACUCUUCAGAAUACAUUUUGAGACGUGCUUCAGAGUUUGAAGGGUUUCCUUUCACAUGGCAGCGGUAGGUUUCUCAUUUAUUUAUCUUGCAAUUUUUAGUUUUUGUUCAGUUUGUGCGAGCUCUUGGUGUCUCCAACUCAGCAUUACAGUAAAGUGGAAAAGUUUUUGCGGGCACUCGAAAAGGUUUUCCAUUCAAGAAUUUGAUUUGGAAAUUUGAAUUUUUGCUUCUUUAAACUUCAUAGGCAAAGUCGGAAAGGAUGGAAAAAAGUUCCAUAGAAAUUUUCCUUUCAGGGUGACAAAAGUUCCUUUUUGCUGCCCUUUUGAGUCAUUUCAACGGCCCUUAUGCACCAUUCUUUUUCCACCGUUUCUCGAGCUUCUAAAAUCGCAGAAAAUGGAUAAAGGGACUUUUUUUGGUGCCGUUCUGGGGCCUUUUUUGAGCCUCUCCCUUUUAUCAGCCAUUAUCCACCAUUCCGGCUUUGACCAAGUUUCUUUUCUGAAAAAAUACGAUUAGAAAACAGGUUCAAAUUGAAAAAAAUGUUUCCUUUGAAUUUUUGAGCGAUAAUCUUUUUUUUCAGGUCAUAUCUGUAGUGACAGCCGUCACAGAGUGGGGAAAAAGGAUAACUGGCGAAUGGGAGGUUUCUUUUUUUGGCAGGACACUUUGAAGAUUUUUUUAAGGUUCCUAGUAGCAACGACUCAAGAAACAUCGAGAACCGCUUUUUCGGUCGUGUGGUAAGUUUUUUUGUUGUUUUUUUUUCAUUCCUUAAACAACAUCUUUUUGUGAUUUUAAAAUAAAUUUGAAACCGAAGAGCUUUUUAAAAAUGAUAGUGAAACUUUUUUUCAGGACGAGCUGGAUGGAGUCGAGCAGGGUGCGUGGAAAAAAGAUUUUCCCAGCAUUGUGAGUUUAUUUUCAAGUUCUCUUGGUUCCGUAAUUUUCAUUUUGUAUAAGUUGAAUGAAUUUAGGGAAUCACCAAUGAUACUCAGCCAAUCGACAUGUCGCGGAAAAGAAAGGUUUUUUUCUGGAAUAAUCUUUUUUGAAUUACUUUUUUUCAGGGUGAACUGGAUUCUCCGAACGCCAAAUCUAACCAAUCGGAAGAAAAUUCUCCAGUAAAGGAAGUUGAUUCGAAGGUUAGUUUUUUUUAGUUAGAGAAACAUGAACUUAACACGUAAAUAUGGGAGGGAGGGACCUCGAGAGAUAAGGAGGGCGCAGAGAAGUCGCAAAAAACGGACUAUAUCGCUUGCUGGAAUCGGCUUGGUAACUUCUUUAUGACGCCUAUUUCUUCAAGUUUUUAAAAUUUGAAAAGUUCUUUUGUGCUUCAUGAAGGUGUUAACGGUUUCAAAGUACAUAUUUCUCCAUUAUAUGACGAGUUUCGAAAUCAGUUUUUUUCCAAAAUUUUGGCCAUUAUAUUAACAAAAAAAUUUAUUUUUUCCCCUGAAUUUUUCUCAUUCGCGCCAAAAUUUUAACUUUGAUCUUAAUGAACAUUAUUUCGCACUUGACAGUUUUUGAUUUCAGGACAAAUUGAAAAGGUUGAGAUGAAAAAUUUAAAAAAAAUUACAAACUCUCCUUUUUUUGAGCCGCCAAUGUUUGGUUUUUUUCGGAACCUAAAAACCUAACCACAAUAGAGUAUUCUACGCAUUUUUGACACUCAAACAAUUUAGAACCGGAAAAACUUGACUAUUUUAAAAAAAAUGCUCUUUGAACUCUGAAAAAGUGACCUAACCGACCGACUUUUCCAUCAAGUCGGACUAUAUAAAUUCGCGGUUAGGGUCUUUCAUAACUUUUAAAAUUUUAAUUGGAUGUAGAACUGCUACUGACAAUCAUUUUUCUGUUCAGAAAUCAAAGGUGGAGCCUCUGGAAAACGAGAAAGGAACCGAUGAAAACCAAACUGCAGCAGAGAUCUCAAAAGAAGAAAAAGAAGGCGAAAGUUCGGAGGUUGAAACGAAGAAAACGGAGGAAUCUAGUCCGAAGAAAGAAGUGGAUCAGAAAGAUGAAGUGAAGAGAACUACUGAGAAAGAAUCUGACGCUUGA